UAUGGAUCCGAAUAUAAAUCUGGGUUUCUCUUGUCGCCUCAUCCACUUCUUACUCUUCGUCUCAAUGGCGGUUCUACAAAUUCAAAGAGGACACAGUGCAUGCUUUUUUGUGCAUGUGUGAAUAUCGAGCAUGUUCAGUGCAACUGGAACUGAAACUGUAAAACCUAACAAACACAUUACUUGCACUUUCUGCAUGCUGCUCUUGCUGCAUUAAAGCUUAGUCGAUCUGGAUAAGAACUUCUGCUAAAUGAAAUGAAUGUAAUGUCAGCCUGACGUGGUGAUCUGGACAUAAAGCAAUGGCACCUACAGGAUCAAACAGACACAUUCUGAGUGAUAUUCUCCAGAUGUGCGAUUUGAAGCUUGCCUGCUUGCUCUGUACUAACAAGGAAAAUGAAGUCACAUACUCUCUGAAGACCCUUAGCCAUCAGUGCAGAGGAGAUCUGCUUUUGGCCAAAGGAAGAGACAAUGGCAAACAGUGGAGGCACAUAUCCCGUCGCCCUGAAUUCCCCAACCCCAGCAAGUACGAAGUGUGCUGGUUCUUUAAAGAGGGCUCCGGGUGCAAGAAGCACAGAAACCGAUGCACCUUCGCCAGAAGCAAAGAGGAGGCUACAGUGUGGACCAUACAAAAACACCACGGCGUGGAUCACGGCACUCUGGUGAGGCUCGUGGCGGAGGCCGGGAGGCACGCCCCGAAACAGAUCGGUGUCGCGCAGAAGAUCUUGACGGAGUUCGGGGGGGACUUCCUGGAGCUCUGCGAGAGAUGCUUCUACAGCAGCCCGCAGACGAUCGCGGGUAAGACCUGGAGCAACACGUGCGCAUCAGAGGCGGCCCACGAGUGGAAGCCGGCGUUGGUCCACCAGCUGGCGGAAGGGCAGGGCAAGAGGGUGUACAGCGAGAUCCGGCGGCCGCCUCCGCUCCACAGCCUGCGGUACUGCGGCCAUGUUGCCAAGGGUUUGCCCUGCUGGCACAGGCUCACCCGCUGCCAGCUGGCCCACAGCGAGGUGGAGAUGGCGGUGUGGAAGGAGGAGCUUAACGGCGGGUUCAGCCGGAAGGAGCUGGUGCUGCUGUCACAGAAGAGGCGCCCCCUAGUUGCCCCGCAAGUCCCCGAGGCCGACACCCCCGCGGGCAAGGUGGAGAUCUACUGUAAGGCCUGUCUGUUGACGUGCUCGUCGAAGGAAAGCUUUGUCAAGCACUGCGCCUCCCUGGAGCACGCGCGAAUGAUCUCUGAGGACAGCACCAUAGAGUGGAAAUACCGUCCCCCACCACACAAUCGCAAGCAAGAAUUCUCACUGUGUGAAAGACCAGAGACCUGCGAAUACGGUGAAAGGUGCACCAAAGCUCACUGUGUGGAGGAGCUGCAGGAGUGGCAGAUGCAAACCAGAGAGGCCCAGGAGAUCCAGCGCGGCGUCGAAGCACAAGGCCUGACAUGCUACAGGGACCGCGUACUGCAGGAGUACAGGAGCAGCAGCAAUGAAGUCCACAUUAUGUCGGAGCACAUUGAUGAUGUCACUGUCACGCACGAUAUGGAGCUGAGUGUGGAAUGUGAGCGGGCUGACUGUGAGCUGCGAUGGAUAUUUCAGAUUAACACAGAGAGACUACUUGCCCAUGUUGCCUUACUGAAACAGGAGUCUGGAGCUACAUUUACCCUAGGGGAAGUCAGUCUUGAAGAUCCUUGCACGUACUCUACAGGAGAGAGGUUCUGCACCUCAGACAUGUCCUAUGAUGUUCCUGUCUCCUUCAAGGCUGUCAGCCCAGGCCUGUAUGAGCAGUGGCUGGUGUUUGACUUCGACAUGAGGCCAGUGCUGCUGCAGAAGCUUAAGGUGAGAGUAGGCCAGCACAGCUCCAUCCAGCCUGUGGAGGCAGCAGAGAGCCAGAUGCCUACAGUGCAGAGUUUGGAGAGGUGGCACCAGGGAAACAGGCACAUCAUUCCCUGUCUGGACAAGAGCGAAGCCGAGGAAGAGCUACUGAAGGAGUACAAGCCUCCUCAGAUAAACCUGCAGUACAGCCCAGGAUCUGAGAGCAGCAUCUCCAUCACCAGCCAGAACUACAGGGAGAGAAUGCACAGCUUCCUUUACACAGAGGAGCUGGCACAAGAGGAGGUGGUGUCCAGACUCUGUGUGCAGGUGACUGUCGGCCUGACUAAUAAACUCUGUGGGCUUGGGUGUGGGAUGAAGAUCGCUCUGCCUGGAGAGCUCUUUGCUGCAGUCCCUAUGUCGUAUGUGCUCACCCCUGACACGCCGGAGGGCUUCAUCCUGAAGAGAGCCGUGCGGUCAGCCCUCGUAGCUCCAUCCUCCACGGUAAACCGGUGCAAUCGGGUGUACGAAGCUGUCAUCCUCCCAGAUGUCAUCAGCGAGAACAGACUUUACCUGAAGCUCUCCAAACGAUGCUGCUCUGAACUGCGCCUCCUGAACGGCACUUCCUGCGAGAUGGAAGUCCAGUUUCAGCUGAACCGCCUGCAGUUCUGCGAGAGGCACAAGGCCGUCGACCUCCUUCCAGAUGUAGGGAUGGUUUUACCAGACCUGAGGCAGUGCUGUGUUCCGGAGCACCACGGACAAUACCCCAGGCUCAACACUAAGCAGCAUGCGGCCAUGUCUUUCAUCCUUGGGGAUUCAGAUGGCAGGAGGACUGUGGCACCCCUGCUAAUUUACGGACCCUUUGGAACGGGGAAAACGUUCACCCUGGCCACAGCAGCAAAGGAGCUUGUGCGUCAGCCUGGAACCAGAGUCUUGAUCUGCACCCAUACGAACAGCUCUGCAGAUUUAUAUGUGAAGGACCAUUUCCAUCACUAUGUGAAUGCAGGACACCUUGAAGCCAAACCUCUGAGAGUGAAGGCAGAUAAAGGAGGAGUUUCUAAGAUUGCCACCGAUGAUGUCACCCUGCAGUACUGCCACCUUGAUGGCCAGUCGUUCGCAUUUCCUAAAAGAGCCACCUUGGACUCUCAUCGGGUCGUCAUAACAACAACGGUCAUGGCGAGGUACUUCCAUGACCUGAAGCUGCCAGGCGGUUACUUUACCCACAUUCUGAUCGAUGAGGCGUCUCAGAUGCUGGAGUGUGAAGCUCUGAUACCCCUCGGUCUGGCGGGAGCAGGAACGCGAGUGGUUUUAGCUGGAGAUCACAUGCAGAUGGGGCCAAAGCUCUUCUCAGUGGACGAGGACCAACGCUCCAAUCACACCCUGCUCAAUCGCCUCUUCCACUACUACCAGGCCGAAGAAAAAAACCCUGUGGCUUUGAAAAGCAGAAUCAUCUUAAACGAAAAUUACCGCUCCACUCAGGAAAUAGUGGACUUUGUGUCCGCUCACUUCUACGUCGGCACACGGGAUGCCAUCAAGGCCAGUGGAAAUGUGCCUCCACACCCCAAGUGCCAUCCUCUGAGGUUCCACCAUGUUCGCGGGGAGUGCCAUUUAGACACGGCGACGAUGUCCUGGUACAAUCUGGACGAGAUUGCACACGUUGUAAGCAUAGUCCGAAGGCUAUUUGACGAGUGGCCAGCCCAGUGGGGGAAUAAAGAACAGAGGACUAUUUGUGUUCUUUCUGAGGGAAGCCAGGUUUUUAUUAUUAGGAAAGAACUACAGAAGAUAAGUCUUGGCAGAGUAACCGUGGAAAAUGUGAGCAAUGUUCAAGGCAAGCAGUUCCGGGUCGUAGUGAUGACGACCGUUCACACGCGAGACAGCUUGUGCUCCUCUGACACGGCCUGCCUGGAAUUCUUCAACGAUGCGAGGGUGCUGAACACUGUUAUGACCAGAGCGCAGUCCCAGGUCGUGGUCGUGGGGGACGCCGCGGCUCUGUGCUACUUCGGGAGGUGCUCGAAGAUCUGGAAGAGCUACAUCGAGCAGUGCAUCAGGAAGAGCAGCGCUGAACCUCGGCACCUCACGGAGGACCACGUGGAACAGGAAGUGAGGGAAAUCUCGAUGUUUCAGAGGGCCGAAAGCAAGGACAUUGACGAUCUCGAAGGGGUCACGUCAGGGGAAGAGGCCAACACGGACGAGAUACUGCAGCAGCUGAUGGAAGAUAACAACACUGCCAAUUACCACGUAUCCUACGCGGACAAUUCAGAGAGUGGUGAUGGAGAAAAAAGCUGUCAAGAAAGGAGAGCAUAUUACUCCAACACUGAGAAAGAGGCGCUGCUGGACUUGGUGAGAACGAAGCCAGACAUGUACAAAUAUGGCGAACUGGUGAGGGAAAAGUUUAACACAGGUUAUGUCAUGCCAUUUGACAACCCUGUCGCGCAUGUCCAAAUCAAAGGAAGAGAGAAUAUGGGCAUGUCCUUUUCUGGUGAUGAGGUAGUAGUGCAAAUUACCACGAAGGAGAGAGGUCUUGCCUUCGGGAAGGUUUUGGGCAUCACCAAGAGUGCUGAAUCUUCUCAAGUAUUUGUGUGCACUUUCGAAGAUGACGACAACAGAAAACAGGAGGACGACAGUGACGUUGUCUCCAAGGUCAUGGUGCCCCUAAACAAGAGUGCCACCAAAAUUCGAAUUCUGUGCAGCAAGAGGCAUCGCAACAAGAUCCCAAUAUGGAAGCUUGACAAUGGAAACUGGAAGAUCGAAAGGUACCAAAUCCUGAACGAGAAAUCAAAGCGGAACCACGUGUUUGUUGUGGAGGUGGUGCUCUGGAAAGAACACUGUCUGUUCCCGUUAGGGAAGGUCACAGACGUUAUUCCCAUGGGAACGUCUUUGGAGGAGGGGCUAAAGCUUCUGGAUAUGGAACUACGUCUCGAACAGUCUCCCCCUAGUCGUGUCUUGUCUGCGACCCAGAUGCGUGCAGAUGCGCAGUUGGGCGCAAGGAAUCGAUUGGAUUUCCGGAAUGUAAUCACUUUCACUGUUGAUCCUGAAACUGCCAGGGACUUAGACGAUGCGAUCAGUGUCAAGGAGUUGGACAGCCACUAUGAACUUGGAGUGCACAUUGCAGACGUGGCAAGUAUUAUACCUAAGGGUAGCCCCUUAGACGACCAAGCAAGAAAACGUGGAGUUACUUAUUAUCCGCCCAAAAAUACGAAAGUAGAGCCAAAAUACAUGUUCCCGAGAGAUCAUGUCAAUCAGUGGAGUCUUCUGCCAGGAAGUGAUCGCAACGCAGUUUCUUUGAUUGUGGAAGUGGAAAAGACAACAAACAGGAUCGUCAAUAGUAACUUUGUGCUGUCUCGCAUAAAAUCAGACAGAAAGCUGUCUUAUGAAGAAGCUGAAGAUAUCAUCGCAAAACACUGCGGCAACGGGGUCCGCUUUGACACACUGGAAGGUUGUCUGGCUGUUGCCUAUCUUUUUUCUAGAGAGCACAGGAAAGCCAGGCUUCAGGGUGACUGGCACUACGCACAGCCUGACAACGGGAAGUCCCUAGGGAAAAGAAAAUCCCAUCAGAUGAUUGAAGAGCUGAUGAUAAUGUUCAACAAUUCUGUAUCUGAGUUCCUGAUCGAGAAAAAUGAAACAGUUAAUUUUACUCCUCUUAGGUGCCAGGCGAGGCCCAGUUCUGAACACCUGAGAGACCUAGAAGAGAGGUAUAAGGACCUCAUACCAAUGUCAAAUCACUUGACGUUCCACAUCGGCAGUGUCAAACAGCCCUCGCGAAUUAGAAGCUUCUGCGUGUUAACUCAUCUGUGGAAGGAGCUCCAGUCCGCUGCUCGGCGCAGGGAAAUCGACAAAAUAGCCGACCUGAUCAACACCGACGACAUCCACCCACAGCUGCUCCCCGUCACGUCGGAAUUCAGAAGAUUGCUCGGCAAAGCGUACAUCAUCCGUGCUAACUCGGCCCCGGCCGCCAAGGUUGGCCACUACUCCCUGCAGCUUGAUUCUUACACGAAGGCGUCAUCGCCCAUCCGCAGCUACUUGGACGUGAUCCUUCAGAGGCUCCUCCAUGCGAUCCUGAACCGUACUCCGGUCCCAUAUUCCACGCCAGAGAUUGACAUGCUGUGUCAGCAGUUCGAGAAUAACAACAAAAAGGCAGAUGAGUACCAAAAGAAGGCCGAAACCCUCGUCCUUGCGGUAAACCUGAAAAAACAAAAUGCUCAAAAGCUGGCGUUCGUGACUGAUGUGCAGCCGGAGGGAGAGAGUUUCCGGUUGUCAUUCCCCUUUGACAAAGACACUAUGCCAGACUCCUUUCCUGUUCUGUACAGGGACUUGCUACUUGAGGACCAACCAUUGUUUGACAAAGAUGAAGGUCACAUGAAGCUCACAUGGAGAAGAAGGGUGUACUCAGUUGAAACCGCAGAAACCCAUCUUGAGCUUAAAAGGUUGAAACGUUGCAACCCAUGCACUGACAUCCCACUGAAGGCCUGGCAAAACAUUCUUGAAGCGGUGAAGGUGGAGAAAUGGGACACAGCCAUUUCCAUCAUACUAACUACACACACGGGACUGACAGGGCAAAAGAGCAUGCCAUGCCUAAAGGAUACUCACGAAGACGGGGCAACCUCCUCUACUCAGCUCAGCAAAGUCGAGACCCAGCACUACAUCGACCUCGCCCUGGAGUUAAAAUGCGGAGACACGCUUCCGGUCCAAAUGACGACCGAAAUUAAGCAGGGGAUCCUUACGCCAGCUGUGCAGCUGCUGAACGUCAACGCCAAGUUCGAGGUGUGUGUGAACCACGCUCACAGUCCCGUCGACUGCUUCUCCAAGUGCGCGGAGUACAAAACCAGGCCCUUGUACUCCAGCAUUGAGGAGUACGCGAGGAUCUGGAGGCCACUUUGCGAAAUGGAGUCUGCCUCCACCGCCGUGGAUGAAAGUGAUAGCAUCAUCAUAGAGGACCUGGAGCUGACGUGGAAUCGUGGCUCCAGACUGGAAGGCAGCUUUAUCCUGCCCAAAGCCAUCGUUAAAGACUGGGCUAUUGAGUGUAACCUUGCCAAGUGCUUCUUAUGCAUUCGGAAAAGGGACCUGAAGCAGACCUCCACUCUUGACCAAUCUGAAGUGGAUCCCAGCAGUUUCACUUGGGUGGCCCAUGGAGUCACUACUGCUUUAUCAGAAACGGGAAAGUUAUCAAAGAAAGUCAUAAAAGUGGACUUCUACAUCAAUCACUUGCCCAUGGACACCACUCCAGAUUUUGUGUUCAAGAACAGCACAAAGUUCACAGUUGAGAUCAUCCCAAAGCUUCUUCCUGAUGUGCGCAAAGAGAAUGCUGUAAAUAACCUCAGAUCCGCAAACGAACUCGUUGAGAAAAUUGUGCUUGGAUGGAAGAUUCCAAAAGGAGCUUCAGACACACCGGUCCCAAGGUGGAGACUGAUGAGGAACGAGCCGCCUCCAGGACUCCCAAUGCUGAACGAGAGUCAGUACGCUGCGAUAGAAAAAGCCCUGAAGAACAACUUCACUCUCAUCCAGGGGCCACCAGGAACUGGAAAAACUGUGGUGGGGGCUUACAUUGUGUACUGGUUUUUCGUGCUGAACUCGGAGAUACCCAGGCAGUACGAGGACCCUAAGGACAAAGACAAGAAAGAGGUCAUUCUCUACUGUGGCCCUUCCAACAAAUCAGUUGACGUCAUUGCUGAGUAUCUAAUGAAGUUCGGGGACAAGCUAAAACCGCUCCGAGUGUACAGCCGGCAGAUGGAGAUGCUGGAGUAUCCCUAUCCUGGAAGCAUCCUUCAGCUGUCUCGAAAGUCGCUUCGUCAGGAGCGAUCGAGGCCCGAGAUCAAGUCUAUCACUAUGCAUCAUCGUAUAAGGGAACCAGAGAAUCCACACUCUCAAGAAAUAUUACACUAUGAUGAAAAGAUCAGGUUGGCCAAUGAAUCAAAGGGGGAGGAGCUGACAGAUGAUGAGGUCGAAGCGUACAAAAAGCUGCUGAACCAGGCACGCCUGCACGAGCUGAAGAAGCAUGAUGUCAUACUCUGCACCUGCACUGCCGCCUCCACGCCAAACCUGACCAAGACCGUCAGCGCACGGCAGAUUCUCAUCGACGAGUGCGCCAUGGCAACAGAGCCCCAGGCUCUCAUUCCAUUGGUCAGUUUUAAACCUGAGAAGAUUGUGUUGCUGGGUGACCACAAGCAGCUCCGACCUAUUGUCAAAAAUACACUGGUUCGAAAGCUGGGCAUGUCAGUGUCUCUGUUUGAGCGCUACAUGGCUAGGGCUGUGUUGCUGGACACGCAGUACAGAAUGCACAAAGAUAUCUGCGAAUUUCCUUCCAUGGAGUCCUACCAGGGGAGACUGCAAACUGCAGUGGAACGGGAAAACAGUGUCCUUCUAGUGGAUUCCCAAAAAACAUCCCAGAUUGUUUUUGGACACAUAGACGGGGAAGAGGUCAGCCUUGUGGUGACGACGGAGAAGGGAAAUGAAAACUCCAAAGCAAAUAGGGAGGAGAGCAGAAUUGUUGUUGGCAUUGCUGAGUCACUCGUAAACAACUCUAACAUCCCUCAGGAGCAAAUCGCAAUUUUGUCACCCUACAAUGCUCAGGUUUCUGAGAUUAAAAAUCUGCUGAAGAAGAAUCGUAUGCACAAAAUCACAGUCAGCACCAUCACAAAGAGUCAAGGAAGUGAAUGGCGCUACGUUAUCCUGUCCACCGUGCGCUCCUGUCCUCGAGAGGAGAUCGAGGCAGAGCCCAGCAGAGCCUGGCUCUCUAAACACGUGGGUUUUGUUGGCGACCCCAACCAGAUCAACGUGGGGAUCACCAGGGCUCAGCAGGGGCUGUGCAUCAUCGGAAACCAAGUGUUGCUGAGGUGCAGUAAAGCUUGGGAAAGUCUACUGAGACACUAUACAUCGAAAGGGUACGUCACAAACGCCAGUGACAUCACUGCACGGAAAGAGACCUGAGUCAGAGCUCACUACAACAUGCGCAAGAUAGACCACAAGUGUGGUUAUGGCUGGAGCAGCUCUCUGCUCGGUCGAAAUCGUUUCACCAGCAAAUGCAAGGGUCCGGUGAGAGGAGACUUUCACUGUUCAUACGCUGAAUGAUGUGCAAGCGCAACGUUGAGAAUGUUUUGUAAAA